AGUCGACGUCUUCCGACAAGUCAAUCCGUAGAUAAAAUCCUGGGAACGUGCUCGCCUUUCUUCGGAUGGUUUUGGGAUUCUUCGCCGCUUGGUUGUUCUUCUCUUACUCUUCCUCAAGUUUCUUCUUUUGGGUCAUAUUCAUCAAGCAUUUAACAAACUGAGAGUAGAAGAUGUCAAGCAGAAGUCAUGUGCAUUGGUGUUACCGAUGCAGGUGUAGAAUCCAGCCUCGGGAGCAGGAAAUGAUCUGCCCCAACUGUGAUACAGGUUUUGUUUCGGAGCUUGAUGAGACAGAGGAUCUUGUGAGCCAUUUUGUUGGCAUGGGUGCUGAUAUGGAUAGUGACCCACAUUAUAGGAUCAUGCAGGCAAUCUCUGCCAUGAUGAAUCAGGGGAUGAUGGGAGCGAACCGUGAGUUUGAUGUCCGAGGUAGACCCAAUAUGUUCUCAGACUUUGGGGCGGAAUUUGGCCCUGGUCCUUGGUUCGUCUUCAGGGGCCAGCUUCCUGUUCAUUUGUCUGACAACAAUGGCUUUGAGGUCUUCAUCAAUGGGCGGCGUGGUGUUCAUAUGCGACGAGCCAACAUGGCAGACUAUUUUGUUGGCCCAGGACUAGAAGAUCUAAUUGAACAGCUGACACAAAAUGAUAGACAUGGACCAGCACCAGCAUUACCAUCAGCAAUUGAGGCUAUGCCCACAUUGAAGAUCAACCAGAGGCACCUGCAUGGAGACUCACAUUGUCCUGUUUGUAAAGAGAAAUUUGAGCUGGGUACUGAGGCACGAGAGAUGCCAUGUAAACAUAUAUAUCACUCAGACUGCAUCAUUCCCUGGUUGGAACAGCAUAAUUCCUGUCCAGUUUGUCGCCAUGAGCUGGCACCACAGAGCUCCGGUAGUUACAUGCAUUCGAGAUCCAGCAACCAAAGCUCGAGUAGCAAUGGAAAUAACAGUGGACGUCAACGCUGGAGGAACUGGUUUUCAUUUAGGUGGCCUUUUCGCUCUUCAAACUCAAAUUCUAGAUCUCAUUAGGAUGAUUAGGUGGGUGCACUUCUGCUGCUAUCCAUGUAUAUACUAACUAGAUGAGUUAUUCCGGAUAGUCUUUUGGCUACCAAAGUUAUAUCCGUAGCCUUUUUAGUUCUGUGGCAUAUCCUACUUCUUAAAUGAUAGUUUAUUUCGAUUGUCCCGCUAGAACUUCCCCAUAUGCAUGGUGGUGUGGAAACAUUUUCAGAACUUAGAAUUACAAAUCCAUAGCUAAGGUUGAUCAAACAAUGAAAAUCUUGUGUUGAUGUACUCCUUUGUUUACAUGUAAAUGGUCCUAGUUACUUAUUGCUACAUCUGCUUUCAUUCUUUCCCAAAACCAUGAUGUGCUAUUAUGUAGUUUAAUGUAA